CAACUAAUAAAUUGCCUGCUGUAAUUUGUUAUUCAAAUUUUGAAGAAGCAACUGAUCAUUCUGAACCAAGAAUACAUGAAAUUGACAAUACUGAAAAUAUCAUUAAUUCAGAACCUUCGUUUCAUCGCUCAUAUUCAUUUUACGAUCAAUCUACUUCUGAAAAUUAUUAUCAAGAAUCGACUUCUAAAAGUAAUAUUGUUGAAGAAUUUCUGAAUAACAAUUUAUAA